CCCCCACCAUCACAUCCAACCCAGUUAUCACUGGCACUUCCAUGUUCAUCAGCAUAAUUCUCAUCUUCACUCUUUUGUUCUCCUCAGUUAUUUUCUCCCAGCCCCACCACCAGCUGCCAGUAUUCACUUCAGAUCCCUUCACUUCCUCGUUAGUGUCACCUUUUUCCUUUCUUGCAUCAUCCCCUCUGCAUUUUCUUUGAUAAUUAACCCCUUUGCAUCGUUUAAUUUGUGUUGUUGCGUGUUCUCAUUAUGGUUAUUUUGCUUUUGCUGCAUUUUGUGCAUUUCUGUCAUUAGAUUUAUCAUAACUUCAUCAUUUUAUUUUUUUCAUUUUAAGAUAUGCUAAGUAAAAUGUGAUAAUAUUCAUUUUUAUUUCUGUUCUGUUGGAAACAUGAGCCCAUUUUUAUCGUAUAUUUUAUGCAUGAUGAGCAGAAAUAAGAAGUCAUGUGAAACAGACGUUUAUCACCUACGAACACUCGUAAAGGCCUUUCUAAUUUCUUCCAUUUGGCUGUUGAAUAUCUUGAUUUACGUUUGUCUGGUUUUAGCUUCUCUCUGCUCUGGAAUUAACUCGAGAUGCCAAUCUGAAACCAAUACCACCUUUAUAGACACCCACACCCACUCACAACUACAUACACACCCAGAGCUACCAACCACGCCCUUUACAAGCUCUCUCCACGCCCUGUAAAUCGUGAUUGCAUCACAUUUUAUGCACCGGAGGCUAAAUACUGAAUAUCAAGCUCUGUGCCAAAUACCUGAAGCUGUACUGAUUUUAGAAUGUGUUGUAAGCACUUUAAAUAUUUACCUAUCAGUAGGUUAUUUGACAGAUGUGUUUUUCUUUAACUUGGUUUGAUAUAAUAAAUGAUGGUUUCUGGAAGAUCAAGUAGACACUAUAGACCAGUCCAUUAGAUCCCAUUCAUCUAUGACAAAAAUACAUAAAAACAAGGGUAGAAGUGAGUCAUCUGUGAGUUCAGUCCAAAGGAGAGGAAAGGAGUUUCUCUUCUUGAAGUACAAAGUACAGUCAAAACGUGGCGUGUCAGUUACUCAAUCAAUCAAAAGUGACAUAUCACAGUAAACUGAAUAUCUUUUGGUUUUGCAACGUUAAUCCGACAAAACAGACAUUUGAAGACGUCAGUGAGCUCUUAGAAUUUAUAAUCACCAUUUUUACAACAAUUCCCUGAAAGUAAUUGUCAAUUGCAGCUUGACGCAGGAAUAUGUGGGGUUUUUGGAAGUGUUUUCUCCUCUUUUGUAAACAUAAUUCAUGCAUUUGAUAACUUUAGUGGUGCCCCCUCCUCUGAUAUCCAUGGCAAGUUUAAAAUCGUCCAUCGUUGCAAACCGCAGUAGCUGACCUUUGAUGUACUCUGAGGUAACUGAGAAUAAAUCUGUGAUGUAAUGAUGUUUCAGAGGCCGUAUGCAGAGCGGUCUUCUUCAGGGCUUUUAGAAAGUGAUGAGUGUUCCCCGGGGCUCUGCUGUCUCUCUGAACACAACAAACUGCUUACUCUUCAUUUUAAUGGAUGACUCGGUUGUAUUUAAACUGAUAUUGAUCCGUUAAUAUCCACACACACACUCAUAUUAAUGCCAUCCACAGUGGUACAGACUGUAACUAGAGCAGUGGGACGAGCUGGUGACGCUUUAACUGUGUUUUGGAGGGAUCGCCUGUUAAUUAAAGCCGCCACCGCCUCCUCCUCCUCCUCCUCCGCCUCCUCCCUGCAUUGCGACACUGGCAGGCCCACAAAGGAUUCUCCGACCCAGAAACCACUCGGCAAAUGUUCUUCAUUACACAACUGGAGGUGCAGCGCUGCCAUCUGAACAAAAAUUUCAAUUCUCUCAAUCGAGUAACUGUCUGUUGACUAGCCUAAUUGUUGGUGGUAAAAGGGGCUUUGUUGCUUCUAUGUAAAUUAUGUAGUUUUUACUGUUAAUAUAUUAACAGCAAAACAGUACUUUUACAGUAACUGAAAAUUUUGUUUAAAUGUCAUUGCAACGACCAGCACCUAAUAUCUGGUUUGCAUUUACCACAUCUACCUGGCAAAAGUAACUUAGAAUGACCAAUAAUUAGAUAUUAACAUAAUCAUUAAUGUUUCAUAUAGUAGAUUAAGUUUAUAUGAUUGAAAAUACAUAUUUAAAAAGUUACCUCAAACUAAUCGUCAAAAUGUAACGUAUUUAAAUGAUUAAUUUUGUAUUAAUUUAUUAAAUGAGCGUUUGUUUUAGCAAUACUUCAGACUUGACUCGUGAGUAAAGCAACAUGGUGAAGAAAUCACAAUAAAUCAAAGUGUGACGACGCCCUGAAGCUGUCUGUGGUGACUCAAGUGGGUGAAACCUCCAACCAUGGAAAUGUUAGAAAAACAUAAUGAAAUUCAUCAAUAAUCUAACUGAAGUCUACAGUUUCAUGAUGGGGGGGGGGGGGGCUCUGGGGUGUGUCGUCAGUGAAGCAGAGCAAAGUGAUCCCGGUGAAAGGUCACUUUGUGCUUCUCUUUUUAUGUAACCGGCUCUUUCACCACCAACACGUCUCCUCUCAUGAGCUGGAGGUCUCACGUUGUUGAUGGCAGAGCACCGAGUGAUAAGAGAGCCGGGACACGUCGGGGCGGACACUCCGUCCUCAACAGUCUCAUUUAACAGGGACAAAUCAAGUUACCAUCAAUCAGAACAUUUAUUAUAAUACAAUAGAGCUGAGCUUUCAUCUCUUGAACUUAUCAUUCUAUCAUUGCUUCAUGUAAUAUGUAGACCUGUCCUCUAGUUGUAGUAAAUGAAGUUGUAUCAAAUCAAUCUAUUUAACUUUUGAUAAAGUUAAUUCAUCAGGUCUUUGCUCCUUUAACUGAAGCCUCACACACACAUCUAUAGGUCUGUGUUUUGAUGAGUAAGGGCCUUUGGAAUUAGGCUGUAAGAGAAGGAAGUAGAGGGGUUUAUAAAAUGAGACCAGCUCCCUCUACUGGAAGAAGUCGGCAACUACAGCCUGGAUGAUUCAGUCUAACUCCCUGCUUCUGUCCCAUAGUCGGAUAUAAGUCAGAUAUAAACUGGUAACACACAAAGCCAUGCAGGUUGAUUUUAUCUCCCUGUCCUCAAACCUGCUGUCAUUUUUUACUAUUAUUGCACUUUGCUUUACUGCCUCAUGGGAGAUGAGGACAAAAAUUAAACUCCAAGGAUUUAACUUUUUAUUGAAACAAAAAUGGUUCUAAACAGAUUUAACUUAAACUUUCUGAAAUUUAAAUAGAUCAGCUGAUUAGUUGACUUUAACGCCGUUUUUAUAUCCUCUAUCUAUGGGUUUUGGACUGUUAGUCAAUCAAAGCAUGACAUUUUAUGGACAUGAAUGUAAUUACAAGAAUAAUCAACAAUGAAAAUAAUAAUCAAUUGCGGCAUUAAACAUUAGGAUUCUAACCAGAUAUUUAAUGCCAUUUGAGACUAUUGACACUCAGCCCUUGAUCAGCCAUCCUGUUUGGUAGUGAUUGCAGUACUUUCAUACCUCUGUGGCAAAUAUUUAGCGCUUGUUUUUCACUUAUAAUCUAAAACAUGUGCAGGUUUCUGUCAAUGCUGCCUGGUUCAAUGAAUACAACUGAAUCAGUUUCACAUGGUUUAUCUAGUCUGUCAUACUGCUUCGUCAGCAGAAUGAGGGAUGAAGAAGAUUUGGGGGGGAUUGGAAGGAGACAGAGGGGAAAAGGGAAGAUCAGAUUGUGGCGAGGAGGGAGGGAAGGGAAAGCAUGCUAAAGAGGCUGAUCCGUGCGGGAGGAGGGUGAGGCAGAGACGUUUAUAGUUGCUGCGUCAGAGCGCUGGCAGCAGACAGUCAGCUGACAGGAGGCAGUUCAUUCGCUCGCUGCAGUCAUUUCCACAAACGAAGCCUUGCUCCCUCCUUCCUUCCCCUCCUCCUGCAGCCUAACGCACACACAUUUACUCGCCCACAUUUAGUGCCUCUUGCUCAGCAACUCUGUCUGGAAUGUGUGUUUGCUGAUCGGACGGCAUGGAGAACAACUCUGUGGUCUGCGAGCCUGCAGCCAAUCACUGGAGAAAACAGGUGGUGGAUCUCCUCUACUGGCGUGAUGUGAAGACCACCGGUGUGGUGUUCGGCGCCGCCCUGCUGCUCCUCCUCUCCCUGACGCUGUGCAGCAUCGUGAGCGUCAGCUCCUACGUCGGCCUCGCUCUGCUCUCCGUCACCAUCUGCUUCAGGAUAUACAAAGGCAUCCUGCAGGCCAUCCAGAAGUCAGAUGAGGGGCACCCAUUCAAGCAGUACCUGGACCAGGAGGUGGCGCUGUCCGAGGAGAUGGUCCACAAGUACAGCGACUUGGCUCUGGCCAAACUCAACAAGACCAUCUGUGAACUGAGGCACCUGUUUCUGGUCGAGGACCUGGUCGACUCCAUCAAGUUCGCUGGGUUGAUGUGGAUCCUGACCUACGUGGGGUCCUUGUUCAACGGGCUCACUAUUCUUAUUCUGGCUCUGAUCGGACUGUUCAGCUGCCCGAUCGUCUAUGAGAAACACCAGGCUCAGAUCGACCACUACGUGGCUCUGGUCAACAACCAGGUCAAAGACAUCGUUGGGAAGGUUCAGGCGAAGGUCCCCGGGAUGAAACGCAAAGCAGAGUGAAGUAACGAGAAGUCGCAGUUUGGAUUCAGGAAGUCCUGAGAGGGAAGCUGGUUGGAGGGAGGGAGGAGGGGGGGGAGGGGAUAUGAAGAAAAGGCUGAAGGAAGGGUCUGGCGUGGAUGCAGCCCUUCUGACUUUGUCAACAUAAUAAAAACACUUUUUUUUUUUUUUUUCCAGUUCAGAAUUCCUUUUUUGUUUUUUGUUUGUGUGUUUUCUGGGGAAGUUGAAGGUUCACGACACCGAGGGCGGCUCGUUGAUUCACCUUUUAUGUCGAGUUUUAAAUGUUUCUGUGAGUUUGCUGAAACUUACAGAAACACAUUUUAAUCUUGAGUUAACCCUCCCUCUCCUCGCCCAGUGCAUUGUGGGAAGUCAGACGCUCCCUCCGUAGAGUUUGGGUGUUUUACUUCCAUCACUUUUCAAAGCGAGGGGAUUGUUUUUGUUUCCCUUCGUCUGCUGUUGGAGAGAGCGAGCAGCACCUCAUUUGUAUCUGUUUGUUUUGCUAUGAUUACUGAGUUGACGUAUUUUGUGAUUUAGCUGUUUAACUGAAACACCAGUGUCCCUGAAGCUUGGAGCUCGUUUGCCUCGAUGUGACGAAUUUGUGAACGUCUUUUUUUUUUUUUUUGCGGGGGGGGUGGGGUGGUUUGGGGUGUACUACCAUUUUAAAAAAACACGUCAUCGCUUCUGAGUAACUCUAGCUAGAAAACCUUUGCCAGACGAAUACAACAUACAAGUCGUUAUUUCCAUGUCAUUUGCAGCUGUCUAGUAAUGAAAGUCUCUGGCAGAAACACGUUUACAUUCAUCCACAUCAGUUUGAAUAUUUAAAAAGUGAAAAAAAAAAAAUGAAAUGGGAUUUUAAAAAGUAAAAAAAAAUAACCAUUCUGUCUGUGGAACAAAAUAUCUUAAUGAAGUUGCAACUUGAUGUGACUUUGGGAAACCUUGGAGCAUUUCUUUGUUAUGCAAGUAUAAUUGUGAAUGAUAAACUUCAUACUUCAAUUGUGACGAUAAAAAGCUUCCAUCUGGGAGCCGUGUUUGUGGAAUGCAUUGUGAGAUGUAAACAAUUAUCAAUAAAGCUUCUAGACGAAGAAA